AUGUCAAAUGGUAUCUGCAAUUUCAGUAUUCUCGAAAAGCAGAUAGAAGAUAACAGGGAUAAAAAGAGCAAUUAUUAUAACACGAAAAAUAAUUUAUCGGACUUAAAUAAUAGACUGUUUUUGAAUUUAAAUGUGCCUAUUCCUACUUUAAACUAUAUAAUUGAUGAGAGUAAUAAAAUGAUAGCAAGUGGUUCGAACUAUCCAAACUGCAACUAUGAAACGUUCAAGUACUCGAGAAAUCUCUUUGAUAUCAUCAUGAAAAUUUCACUCAAUAAGAGGAAUAACCUAUUACCGAGCUGCAGGUCUGAAGGGGGCGUUGUAUCGAUCGACAAGAGUAGCCACACUGAAGAUAAGGACAACAUGCCUUAUACAUAUACAAAUGAAGAAGAACGUACUAAGGAAAAUGCUUUGUCACACGUAAACAAGUAUGAGCUUAAAAAUAGCGUUUCCGAAAUAGACGAAGAGGGGAAAAAAGAGGAAAAAAUGGAGAUAAAAAUAGGGGGGGAAACGGGCGAAAAAACAGGCGACAAAAUAGGCGAAAAAACAGGCGAAAAAAUAGGCGAAAAAAUAGGCGAAAAAAUAGGCGCGAAAAACGAGGUAAAGGAAGAAAAAAAAAUAAAGUACUACCCAGGGUUUUGCAAACAACUAGGAGCUAAAGGAAGAAGGCGUAUGCUAGAGUUAAUUCGUAGAGUAUAUAGAGAAAAUACAUCUCAGUGUAAAAACAUUCUUUCUCAUAAAAUAAAACCUCCUGCAUGUAUUUCAAAUUUACCAUUUUAUAAUAUAAACAUGUUAUGGCAGCUAUCUUACGAAUUUGGGGUUUUUGAAGAAGCGCUAAAAAUACAUAAAAUAUAUGGAAAAAGUGUAAAUGCAUUAAAUCAAUUUUUUAAUAAAAAUGCUAAGGAAAACUUGUCUUUGUAUCAAGAGAGUCUAUCAACUAUGUCGUAUGAGAUGAAUAAAAAUAACACUAACAUGGAUAUGAAAAAGACGGAAAAGAUAGAUAACUUGCCAGUAGAUCAAAGUAGAUAUACUAACUGUUCUCAUGAGUUUAAGGGGAACAUGAAAAUGGAUCCCUAUUGGUGCAAUUUCAAUCCUGAUAAUAGUGGAAUUCCUCAUGCUAAGAGGUUUGAGGAGGGGGCCAACGACAGCAAGGGGGGGAUUAGCGACAACAAAUCGCACAGUAAGAGGAAUAUUAGAACUACCUGCAUCAAGGGAAGCAACGGAAGUAAUAGUAAAAGCAGUAGAGUAAACAAUAGUAGCAGCAGUCCAAGUAACAACAACAGCAACAGCAGUAACCGGGAGGGGGAAAAAGGAGGAAAAAAAAGGAAAUUACAAGGAUGCAUAACGCCUAACGAUAAAGAGAUAAUACUCAAACGUAGAGUAUUAAAAGAGGAAAAGAAAGAAAAAAAUCAGCCGCAGGCGUUGGUUAUGUAUCUAGAGCAAAGAAAUAUAAGAACACAUAGCAUGCAUAGAACCAAGAACACGCAGAUAGAUUCUGUGUUACCCCCUAAUAAAAAUGAGGAAAAAAAAAUACAACCUUGUGAUGGGGAAAACUCCGUAGAGUUAGAAAAUAUAGACAUUAACUUGAACAAUUCAAAAAACAUAAAUUACUUGAACAGUCUAAGCUUGGAUAAGGAGCUAAAACAGUGUGAAGGGAAUACAAAUCUGCAGAGAAACUGUGAAGCAAGCAACUGUCAUAGGAAGUGUACAAACAUCUAUGAUAUAAUUAGGACUGCAGAAAAUGUAGACAAUUUUUUCUUUAAGAACACAUACGAAUCAUGUAUACCGAAUUUAGAAAAUAAUAAAAUGAAGGAUAAGAUGUGUUCUAAUCAGUGUAGGAAGCAUAUCAAAAUAACUAGAAAUCAUGAGAUGAAAAAUAAGGAAAAGUUAGAUAACUCGGAAGCAGCAAACACUGCAAACGAUGGAGGAAGCACGAACAGGUUGAGCAGCCGUAAUAGCGCUAAAAAUUAUGAUGUGCAUAAAAUAUACGAUUUAAAAUGUGUAGACGAACUCUUAUCCAAUUUCACUCAUGGCAAUGCAAUAUUGUUGAAUAUAAACAAAAAAAAUAUAUACUCUGUAACCUAUGGAGGGAACUUAAAGAAUGACCACUGUUUGUUACUUAUACCAUUGAAAAAAAAGUCAAAAAAAAAUAAAUCAAGUAAAAAAGAUGUAUUAAACAUGCAAAACAAAAGUAAUACUAAGAACAAUCCUUCAACCAAAAUUAAUGAACAAGGCAAUUCUAACAUGAUGAACAAUAUUACUUGCAUGAAUGAAGUAAAUUCUGUAAACAUUUGGAUGAACGAAGAAAAAAAAGAAAACAUCCAUUUUGAAAAAUGCAAUUAUAAGUGCAAUUAUUAUUGUACUCAUAUUAGUGGCACAGACAAUUGUCAAAAAAAUAUAGAAAAUAAAAAUAUUAAGAAAAAAAAGCAAAAUUACUACAAUAUAGAAACAGGAAAGGGAAAAAAAUAUGUUCUUCAUUUCAAUUCCCAUGAAAAGGUACCCCCUAAUUUGUGUGUAGAUGACUCUAACGUAUGUCCUACCUACAAAGGGGGUAACAGUUAUAUACAAGUUGGCUCAGUUACGAAAAAGGAGAAACACUACGAAGGAGAAAGCUUGAACGAAAGGAGCUUCAACAGAAGGGAUUUCGACGAAAGGAACAUGAAUGAGAACUCCCGAACGUUCAACUCUUCACCGGGUACAUACAUUUCGAAUGACAAAAAAAAAAAAAAAAGUAUGAACAAGUCAGGUCACAAUUGUAUACCUGCAGAGGAUAAUUCUACUACACAUUACAGAAAAAUUUUAAAAGAAGAAGUCUCAAAAAAAAAACAUCUCACAGAUGGCCAAACCAACAAUAGCAUAAGCUGCAGCAUCACAUGCUCUCUUACUGAUAAUUUUUCAGCACGUGAUAAAUUAAGUGUGUUCACAAGUAAAGCAAAAAAGGAUGAGAUGGUACAAAAUGGUGGGGUAAUACAAAAUGGCGGGGUAGUACAAAAUGGUGGGGUAGUACAAAAUGGUGGGGUAAUACAAAAUGGCGGUAGUACAAAAUGUACAAAAUGGUGGGUAGUACAAAAUGGUGGGGUAGUACAAAAUGGUGGGGUAAUACAAAAUGGCGGGGUAGUACAAAAUGGUGGAGUAGUACAAAAUGGUGGAGUAGUACAAAAUGGUGGAGUAGUACAAAAUGGUGGAGUAGUACAAAAUGGUGGAGUAGUACAAAAUAGUGUAGUUCAAAACGGUGGAAUAGUACAAAUGAAUGAGAACGUUUACACAGGGAAUAGUAACUACUGUCAAGUUAACUCAUCCGUGCAACAUAUUAUAACACAGUGUGUUACAGACAAAAAAAGUAAUACCAUUAAACUUCUAAAUGAAAUAAUGUCAAAUGAAAAAAAUUUUUUUAACUGUAUGAAAAAAAAAAAUCCUUUAUUAAAAAAAAAAAUUGCUAGUAAUACCAAAACACUUAAACAAUUCAAAAACGACAAUAAAAAAAUCGAAAAAGACGAUCUCAUAAAUUUUCUACGACAAAGAGAUAUAUAUAACUCACUAAAUGGAGAAUGCUCUAAUACAUCUUAUGGUAAAAAUAAAAAUAACAAAAAUAUGAAUCUCACGAAUUUUAGAAACUUCGAGCAUUUGAACUUGCAGAGUACUUAUCCCGUUCUGUGGUAG